AUAUUAUUUUGUUGAAUCAAAUAAUUUUCUAUACCGAGAUUACUUGCAAUUUAUGUAACUGAGACGUGAUUGGUUUUGAUUAAUUCUAAGUGGGUAUAGUAGAUAACACGUGUACUAUGUAAGCAUAUCCAGUAGAGCGUUGUUCGCUAUACCCCCUUUUUUCGGUUGAUAACUAGUCGAGACUAAGUUCGAUGUAAUCGAAAUUACACAAGAGUAACAUUUCACAGAUAAUAAAACACAAUCGAAGUGAACGGCAAGUUGUGAGAAAUUACGAUUGUGAUUAGCGAAAAAUUAUGUCUGUCCUGAGAAUUCUACAAAAGUUAAAAAAUUCCGCCCAGAAAAGACCGUUACUCUUCAAUUCUAUGAUUUAUGGUUCUUUUUAUACUGGUGCCGAAUUUACACGACAAACAUAUAGCAGAAUAUUUAAGUUUCCGUUACCGCCAGUGUCGGAAGAUAACGUAGAAUUGAACACGAUCGAGAACAAGAAACCACUACUUGUUUGGACAAAUAAAUUUAACGAAACAUUGGGUUUACUGGAUGAAAAAAGCUCAGCGGAAUUAACAGAUUACAAUUGGCCACAACUUAAGCGAUAUGCUAUCUAUGGUUGUUUCAUUGCAGGACCGGUGUUACAUGGAUGGUACAAAUGGUUAGACGCGUUCUACAAAGGCACGGCAAUGAAGAUAGUUCUUACAAAGCUUUGCGUCGACCAAUUUGUUCUUACUCCACCGUUGAUUAUAGUAUUUUUUAUCAGUAUGAGCUUAAUGGAAGGCAAGCAGGAUAUUUUUAACGAAUGCAAAGCGAAAUUUCUUCAAACGUUUAAGACCUCGUGUAUGUAUUGGUUGCCAGUUCAGUUUUUGAACUUUCUAUUGAUACCAGCAACGUUACGAGUUUCCUUCGUCAGUGUGGCAGCCUUUUGCUGGGUGAAUAUUCUUUGCUAUUUGAAAAGCGCACCAAUGAUCGACCACGAUAACAACAACCAGAUGAAAUAUUAGUCUCUUAAAUUAUUCUCGAAAAAGUUGAACAUUCACGUUUAUUGAAAGAUAGACUUCUAUCGAAAAACACCGCACAACAAUUGACAUAUCAAACGUAGCUAAAUGAAUAUUAUAUUAAUCUUGCAUGAGUCAAUUUCAUGCUAAUAUGCCAAAAAUAAGAUUACAAUUUCUUAGUUUAGUAUGGAUAUUAUAACAAAUAGUUUUUAAAAUUUGAAUCGAAUUCAAUGGAUUUUCACAGUAAAUUCGCUUUUACCAAUAUUUCAAAAUAGUCAAAAUCAAAUUUACUAUUAUCCGUAGAAACGUAUUUUCAAUAUGCAUAUAAUUGCUAUUACUGAAAAUAUUACCUUUUAUCUUUUAAACGAUCAAAGUAUUUUUAGACGUCCAUUAGUUACAUUCGCAUAGUACGUACGUAUGAAUACGUAUAAUUUAAUACAGUCUUUUUCAUGUAUAUUAUGAAAGAAUCGACUCAUUGUAUCAAUAUGUAAAUUUUGUAAGUAAAAUCGCACUUUACAUUAAAGGCGAUGCAGGAUUAUAAACAUUCCGUAACGAAUUUAUCUAUAUAAAAAUUGCGAUAGACCAAUUACGUAAUUUAAUUUAUAUGUAUUAUAUUGUGGUCACAAAAAAAUGCGAUUAAUAGGCCAUAGAAAUUUAUUAUUUUCGUACAGAAUAUCGUUGCUGUCUGCGUUAUAUUUAUUUUAAAAACCUAAGUAAAUCGAUGAUGAUUUAAAAAAAAAGGAAAAUACUGUGAAAUAAUAGAUCAAACGAAAUUUCAACGUUCAUAAAAUUUAAGUUUGCUACUCCCUACACGUUACAUUACACAACACUUACUUUAAACAAGAUGCUUCCAUAUUCCGUAGAAUUUGAUAAGUUGUCAACUAUAAGCAAAUAAAUAUUAUCUAGAUAAUUAAGUAAAAAUUGUUCAUUGUUUAGCAUGUAACACUGUCAGUUUUGACAGUAAGCAAAAAUCAGUCCGUGAUAAAUGUAUCGUCAAAGAUUGUAUUAACUUCAUGUUAUAUUUGAUUUAUAUUAAUUUCAUAUUAUGUCUUGUGUAAAUGUGUACACAGAUUUACCACGUAUGCGCAAAGUACCAUCAAAGUACAAUUCGAUAUAUUUGAUUCAUUUGGAAUUACUAUUUGCUUAUGUUAUGUUUCUAAAUUUAUUGGCAAUGAUCGUACAAGAAUACUGACAAUUGCCUUAUAUUUUAUUAAAAGAUUUUUUAUAAUGCUAUGUAUAUGCAUGAGAUAUAACGUGUAUUUUUACGAAUAAAUACGUAUAUAGGAUUCGACGGUA